UUUUUAAAAAAAUAAAAAUGGCAGCAGAAAUAAUUAAUAAAGAAACAGAAAAACCUCACAAUAAUUUAGUAGAUUCAACAAUGACUAAUUCAUCUAAUUCAAUUAAAAGUCAAACAAAACCUCCAUUCGAAUUAAAACAACCUUUAGCUGUUUGGCCAAUAAAAUUAUCUUUAAUAAUUUUUGGAAUUCAAUUUUUGGAAAGAUUUUCUUUUUAUUUUUUAAAAUCUACACUUUCCAAUCAUUUAAUUGAUAAUUUGGGAAUGAAUAUUUUAACAGCCAAUACUUCCCAAAAAUUAAUUAUUCAAGUUACCUUUUUUGCUGCAAUUGUUGGGGGAAUUAUGUGUGAUAUUAAAUAUGGAAGAUAUGGUACUCUUGCCUGGUUCUUUCCAAUUUAUUUUGUUGGCCAAGUAUUAAUUACAUUUAGUCCAAUUAUUCCUUUACCUGGAUUUUUCCAUCCUUAUUUUGAUUUUUUUGCUCUUUUUCUUCUUUCUUAUGGUUGUGGAUGUAUUAAAGCAGUUUUGGCUGCUUAUGGGGCUGAUCAAUUUAAGCCUCCUAAUGUUACCCAAAUUGGAUGCUUUUUUGCUUUAUUUUAUUCGUUGGAACAAUUUUCAAUAAUUUUUGGAAUUUAUUUACUUCCAAUAAUUAAAUUUUUCUCUCAAAUACCAACAGACAAACCUUUAUUAAAUGUUCUUUCUUUAGCUACAUUUUUACUUUUAAUUUUUAUUGUAAUUUUAUUUGGAACAUCUAAUUAUUUUUAUAAAUUUAUUCCUCAAAAUAAAAACCAAAAUAUUUUUAUUAAAUCAUUUAAAAUAAUUAAACAAUCAUUAAUUAAUAAAUAUCGUCGAAAACCUUUAAUUACCUCAACAAAACAACCAACCCCUAAAUAUUUAUUAGAAUAUUUCCUUAUUGACCAUAAUUGUCAGAGAGAUAGAGAAUGUGAUUUUGGAAGAAAAAAUAUUUGUGAACAAACAAAAUUUAUUGGUGAAUUACAAACAGUUAUUCAAAUAUCUUUUGUUUUAUUGCCACUUUCUCUUUUUUGGGCACUUCGAACUAAAUUAAUAUCAAUUAAUAUAUCACAAAUUCAAAAUAUCGACACUAAACUACCAUUUAUUGGCCAAUUACCUGACCAGAUUUGUUGCUUAUUACAACCUAUUUUUGUUAUUUUAUUAUUACCUCUAUUUUAUAUGUUUAUUUUCAAAUCUCCUUCAAUUAGUCAAUGUUUAUCAUUAAAUACUUAUCUUCGCCGUAUAUUUAUUGGUAUAUUUUUAUGUUCUGUAGCUUGUUUUUGUUCUGCAAAUAUUCAAAAACUUUUAUUAUCAAAUAACAAUUCUUUAAUUAAAUCAACAGAAGAUUUUACUUUAAUUAAAUUAUUUAAUUUAUUCCCCUCAAAAUGCUCUUUUUCGAUUUCUAAAAUUAAUUCAAAAGAAAAUUUUGUUAUUAUUGAGGCAAAUAAUUCAAAUAUAUUUUCUUUAAAAUCAGAAGAUUUAACUGCUGGUUAUGUUGAUUUAUUAUUUCGUUUUAAUGGAUUUUUAAAUCUUAUACCUUGUAAUUCCCUCUCUUCUUCUUUAUCUUCACUUCCUUCUGAAUGUUCUAAUUCAACUAAUGAUAUAUUAACACAAGCACUUACUCCAUUAAAACAAUCUUUAUCUAUUUGUGAUGAUUCUAGUAAUUGCCCUAUUAAUUGGGAUUUAAAUGAAAUUUUGUCUUCAACUUUUUUUGUUUUUCCACCUAAUGGCGAUAAUGUUGGGAAAGGCCGAGGAAGUGUUUAUCCAAUUAAAGCUAUUCCUACAGGAAAAUAUCAAUUUUCUGAUUUAAUUCCCCAAACAAUUAUUUCAACAACAACAAAUUCAUCAAUAAAUCCUCUUCCUUUAAAUACUAAUUUGAGUAGCAAUAAUCCAUUAAUAUCACUUCUUCCACAAAAUUCCGCAAUUAAUGUGGAUGGUACUGGAUCAAUAUUGUUAGCAGUAUUAUCUUUAGAUGGAAGUCCAUUAGCUGGACAAAAUGAUUCAACAACUUCUUCCUCUUUACCAAAUCCAAUAUUUACAUUUCUUUUACUUUCUGGUCCUCCUCAAUUAGGCAUUUUAUGGUUAUUUCCUCAAAAUCUUUUAAUAGCAGCCUCUGAAGUAUUAAUUUCGGUUACUGGGCUUGAAUUUUGUUAUAUGAAAUCACCAACUUCUUUUAAAGCUACAAUGCUUGGUUAUUGGUAUUUAAUUAUGUAUGUUGGAUUUUCAUUUGUUCCAAUAAUUUCUAAACUACAACCUUUUACAGAUCCAUUUUUUCAACUUUUAUUUUGUUCAUUCUCAUUAUUUAAUGUUGCUUUAAUUUUUGCUUUAAUUGCCUAUUUUUAUUAUAAUUAUCGAGACAACUCAAUUAAUGGAGGUUUUGUUGAAAAUAAUCAAAAACAAUUGUUAACAGAAGAAAUUGGUGGAAAAUUUACUGAAAAAUUAAGUGGAACUUUGAGGGCAAGUAUGGCCCGUCUUCCAACUAAAAAAGUUAUUAGACUUUAA